UGGCGGCGGGCGGCGAUGGGCACGGCGGCCGUGCACCUCCUGCUGCUGCUGGGGUUGCUGCACGCCGGGCCCGGCGGCGAGGGCAGGAAGGGCUGGCGGCGGCGCGGCCCGGCGGCCCGCGAGCGCAGCGAGGCGGUUGCGACGGCAGCCGAGAGCUUCCCGCUGGACUUCACCGCCGUGGAGGGCAACAUGGACAGCUUCAUGGCGCAGGUCAAGAGCCUGGCGCAGUCGCUGUACCCCUGCUCGGCCCAGGCGCUGCCGCACGAGCUGCGCCUGCACCUCCUGCACAACGCCUCGGUCACCUGCAACGACGGCAGCCCGGCCGGCUACUACCUCAAGGAGUCCAAGGGCAGCCGGCGGUGGCUGCUGUUCCUGGAAGGAGGGUGGUACUGCUUCAACAGGGAGAACUGCGACACCCGCUACGACACCAUGCGCAGGCUCAUGAGCUCCAGCGAGUGGCCCGCGACCCGCGUGGGAACUGGGAUCCUGUCAUCGCAACCUGAAGAGAAUCCCCACUGGUGGAAUGCAAACAUGGUAUUCAUCCCUUAUUGCUCAAGUGAUGUUUGGAGUGGUGCCUCUUCCAAGUCCGAAAAAAAUGAAUAUGCCUUCAUGGGAGCACUGAUCAUUCAGGAGGUUAUAAAGGAGCUGGUGGGAAAAGGUCUUAGCACAGCAAAAGUGUUGCUGCUAGCAGGGAGCAGUGCUGGAGGGACAGGAGUGCUCCUGAAUGUGGACCGAGUGGCAGAGCAGCUGGAGGAGAUGGGUUACCACGGGAUUCAGGUUCGAGGCUUGGCAGACUCUGGGUGGUUCCUGGAUAAUAAACAGUACCGCAGAACUGACUGCAUCGAUACCAUAACCUGUGCUCCCACAGAAGCCAUCAGAAGAGGAAUAAGGUAUUGGAACGGGGUUGUUCCUGAGCGCUGUAAGCUGCAGUUCAAAGAGGGAGAGGAAUGGAAUUGCUUUUUUGGAUAUAAGAUUUACCCCACUCUUCGAUGUCCAGUCUUUGUCGUCCAGUGGCUCUUUGAUGAGGCCCAGCUUACUGUAGACAAUGUCCACCUCACUGGCCAGCCUGUUCAGGAGGGGCAGUGGCUCUACAUCCAGAAUCUGGGCAGGGAGCUGAGAAACACCUUGAAAGAUGUGACCGCCAGCUUUGCUCCUGCCUGUCUGUCUCACGAGAUCAUCACACGCAAUCACUGGACAGACAUCCAGGUGAAGGGGACGUCGCUGCCACGUGCCCUGCACUGCUGGGACCGGAGCCUGCAUGAGAGCAACAAAAACGGGAAGGCCCCUCUGAAGGGCUGCCCCAUCCACCUGAUGGACAGCUGCCCCUGGCCUCACUGCAACCCCUCAUGCCCCACCAUCAGGGACCAGUUCACAGGGCAGGAGAUGAAUGUGAUCCAGUUCCUCAUGCACAUGGGCUUUGAUGUUCAGAAGAUGGCACAGCAACAGGGCCUGGAGCCCAGUAAGCUCCUGGGGAUGCUCAGCAGUGGUAGCUAGGCAGGGGUCUUCAGAGGGGCAGAGAUUGGAUCAGGAGGAGACUCCAAGCCCUUCUCCCACACUUUCUAAUGUUUUUCCUUACGCUCACGCAGGCAGAUGCACGCUCACAUCCAUGCAUGCUCAAACCUGUACACACCCACGUGCUCCCACACUCUUGCACACUUAGGAUGUGUCAAGAAAAAAAGAAAAAAAAAAAAGCAGUUUCUUGCUUACACUAUUGGACUGGAAUUGAUUACCUCCAAACUCCAGGGCUCAGUUCUGGCCAUUCAUAUCCUCUUCCUGUGUUACACAAGGCAAUCUGAUACAGGGAGUAGCAAAGCCAUAAAUAGCAGCAAUGAGAACCUUCCCCAGAUCUAGGACUUCUUCCCUUGCCAUGAAUUUUACAUCAUAGACUUGAUACAAGUGGUGAAAAAAGCAAGCACUGGAUUUCUUUUGUCCAACUAGAGGUGAAGGAAUGAUUACGUGACUUCCUGGAGGUCAGCAUCUCACAAUGAGUUAUAACAUGCAAAGCCAGGACACGUGCUAGGGAUGGACACUCUUGUACUCAAUUUACUUUCGUAUUAUUUUAUAAAAUGACUUUUUUAUUACUUUUUUUAAACUGAGCAAGAAAUAUAAAUGAUAUUGUUUUGUAACAUAUUUUUUUUUAAAUAACGAAGAAACCUCUUGCUACUUUGGCAACGUGGACAUAUUUAUUUUAAUAUGUAAAAUGCUAUUUAUAAGGGCUGACCAGAGAACCAUACAUAUGUCUUUGUAAAGUUGUAUAUGCUGCUCAUUUGGAUGGGUUAUCCUUAUGAUCACUUGUGCCUGGGAAAGGGCUGAGGGUGGUAUAGACUUUUUGUAAUAAUUAGUCUUCUGUGUUCCCCUUGCAGUAUGCUUUGUCAUUGUUUCUCUGAUGAAGAGGUUGUAAUACAAGGUCUAAGUACAGAGA